AUGGCUGAUUGGGAGACCUUUCUUCGAUCUAAAGAGGCUCAGCUGAAGCCGGCUUCUGAGUUUUCUCAAGCCCCGAUCAGGCGAAAUGAACUGGUUACUCACAUGUCUUAUCAAAGUAAGUUUAGCCUCUUCUUUUUGUUUUUUAAAAGAUUCCUGAUUUUAUUAAAAGUAAAUACGUUAAAUUUAUUUUAAUCAUACUUUAUUUGUUCAGAAGCAUUGUGUUUUGGGCAAUCACCGCUGGAUAACUGGAGGUACCUUCGGCUAAUUGAAUGCGAGGUUUGUAACUUUAUAUUCUUAUUGUUUUUUGUUUAGAAAUGCCAUCGACUGGUCAAGCAUGUUGCUUUUGCCCAUCAUAUGAGGCGUAGGCAUUUGGCGGAGCCGCAAUCUUCAACUUCUGGAGACGAAUCUCAGUCGUUCUUGCUGUCGCCACCUCGUCAACGUAACUUGUCGUAUGUUGCCGAGAAGAAGAACGAGCUGUUGUUGGUGUUGAAGCGAACGAAGUUUGAAAUGGACUCUUCUAACGACGAUGAGGCUUUGUCUGUAUGUUUUUACAUUUUUUUUUGAUAUUUUAGGUAAUUUUGAAUAAUUUUAGGUAUUAUUUUUUUUAAUUUAGCUAUAUACUUAUAACUUAAUGAGGUAUAUAUUUUUGAGGAUGUAAAAUAGUCAGUUUAGGCAGUUUUUUGCACAUUCUUUAAACGAUAUGCUUAAACGUUGUUUCAAUCUCAAAUAAUUGCUGUGUUUUAGGUAUCUUCUGAAGAAAAUUUGUUGAAGAAAGCGAAAGAAAGAGAUACAAAAGACCUCACGAAGCUUGCUUCUAUGAUAGAUACUAAGAUCACUGAUAUUCGUUCCUAUUCUCGAGACAAAAAGGCUAAAAAGCCAAGAAUGUUACAUCCUAAGACUAAUCAGAGUUCAGACUGUGUCGCUCUUCGGACGAGGCGACAUUUGAAAGAGAUAGAGGAUCACGAAUAUCACAAUGGCGAUUCUUUAACGGUACACAUUAAAAGUGAAGAUCCAGCUCUAGAAGUUGACACAACCAUCGAGCCGAAGUCUGAGUUUGCUAGCAAUUGCGACGGCAGUCCAGGAUACGUUUUCAACUCAGCUAAUGGGAAUGCACAAUCGGAACCUGAGCCUCCCGUUCAGUCCAGUUUCUUGCAAGAACUUAUGGGACAGCCGACUGAACCCUUACCGAAAACACCGUCUCCUCCGCCGCCAAAGCCAAUUACCAGUUUUAUGGUAAAACCUCCGCCAACUCAUGGUAAUUAUAUACCUGUGAACAACGUUGUUCGAGUCAUACGACCGGCUCAGAAGCCUAUUCCCGUUUCGUAUAUCAGAGAAGAUAGUUAUGUAUACAAUCAGCGUCCGUCUAUGUCUUCAAUAGCUGGAGGGAGUGUCGAACUACCUCCUCGAUCUCCAGACAUGCCUCAUCUCGAGAGGGAAGAUGUUUUAUCAGGGUCAAACGAAUGUCAACCUGGGCCCAGCUCUAGAAAUGAUAACUUCAAAAGUCGACCAAUCGUGCAUCAUAAGCAAGAUGUCAGACGAGCUCAGAAGCAUAGUCUACAGGAGCUUACACCAUUUGCGAACGAGUAUCUUGAGUACAUGAAUAAUGGACACUCGAACAAUGCACAACAUCAAGAGUUUUGGAAACAAAACAAUCCACGGAUAAAGAAUGUCAGACUAGUACCAGCUGGGACAGUGAAAAUGCAACGUCCAGAAUUUGGGAAUCGUAAGUUUUUUUCGGAAUUUUCUGAUUUUUUAAUUAGCUAUCACUGUUUUCGGGAUUUGAAUUUUAAAAUUGUUUAAACUUUUGAGUAAAUUUUAGAAUUAAUUUAUUAUCUUUUAGCUCGCAUGGAAAUGUCCAAAAAGUAUUACUUAAAACCAGUGGGACCUGCUGGGUACUUUAAACCUCAACAACAACCCAGACCUGUGCACUAUUAUCCGCAGGCACAACGACCCCAGUUCAUCCCUUACCCUCAACAAACCAUAAGGGCGAAGAUGAACAAGGUGUUCGUAUUUCAUGGCCAAAAACCUGGUGAACAAGAGUUUAUCUACCAGACAGGUCAACAAAUCGGGAAACGAUCGGGCAGCUUCGAAUCAGCACUGUCAUUGGAGAGUGCGGAACUGAUCACGGUAUCGGAUGACUCGGAUUCUGGGAUUGGGAGAACUCCGUUAACGGAUUCUGGAAUCACUCCUCCUUCAGAUUCGGAAGACCCUGGCAUCAUUGUGGAACAUGUAAAUCUAAACAGUAAGUUAUUUUUCGGUCAAGAAAUGUGUGAACAAAGCAAAACUUUUUACUAUUGUGAUAACCUUUAUAGUUAUUUCUUUAAUUGUUUGCUGUUUUCUGUUUUGGUCCUUAGAUCAGUAACCUUUUUCACAUUUAAAUUAUAUCACAACUUGCAGAUGGCGGUAUGAACGGAGCAAACAAGUCAUAUCUAAACCAAAGAUUCUUUAUGGUACCCCCAAACUACGCGGAAAAUCCCCACUUCCGUCAGCCUCCGCAACGGCGGUAA